AUGGUGAAGCUUGCUAAGGCUGGUAAAAAUCAAGGUGACCCCAAAAUGGCUCCUCCUCCAAAGGAGGUAGAAGACAGUGAAGAUGAGGAAAUGUCAGAAGAUGAAGAAGAUGAUAGCAGUGGAGAAGACGUUAUCAUCCCUCAGAAGAAAGGUAAAAAGGCUGCCACAACUCCAGCAAAGAAGGUGGUAGUUUCGCCAACAAAAAAGGUUGCAGUUGCCACACCUGCCAAGAAAGCAGCAGUCACCCCAGGCAAAGAGGAAUUAAAAGAAGUAUUUGAAGAUGCCAUGGAGAUCAGAAUAAUCAGCAAAGAUGGAAAAAGUAAAGCGAUUGCCUACAUUGAAUUUAAGAUGGAAGCUGCUGCAGAGAAAACCUUUGAAGAAAAGCAGGGAAUAGAGAUUGAUGGGCUGUCUAUUUCUCUAUACUACACUGGAGAGAAGGGUCAAAAUCAAGACUAUAAACAUGGAAAGAAUAGCACUUGGAGUGGUGAAUCAAAAACUCUGGUUUUGAGCAACCUCUCCUACAAUGCAACUGAAAAAACGCUUCAGGAAGUAUUUGAGAAGGCAACUUUUAUCAAAGUGCCUCAGAGCCAAAAUGGCAAAUCUAAAGGGUAUGUGUUUAUAGAAUUUGCUUCAUUUGAAGACGCUAAAGAAGCUUUAAAUUCCUGUAAUAAAAGGGAAAUUGAAGGCAGAGCAAUCAGGUUGGAGCUGCAAGGACCCAGGCGAUCACCUAAUGCAAGAAGUCAGCACUCCAAAACUCUGUUUGUGAAAGGUCUGUCUGAGGAUACCACCGAAGAGACAUUAAAGGAGUCUUUUGACAGCUCUGUUCGGGUAAGGAUAGUCACUGACUGGGAAACAGGAUCCUCCAAAGGGUUUGGUUUUGUAGACUUCAACAGUGAAGAAGAUGCCAAAGCUGCCAAGGAGCCCCUGAGAUUGGGAAGGGUCAUAAGACUCAUUGAUCUCCACUUCCAUCAGCCAUCAGCCCUGAUGAAUCUAGAUUUAAUUUCACGCUGA